AUGGCCAUUACCGUCGAGCACACUCGCUAUGACAACCGCAUCAUAUACACCGUCGACUUUCACGGGAACGAAAUCAACGUCACUGUUACGGCCAAAGCUUCCGUCGUCAGAAAGUGGCUCUCCACCACGCUCUUUUUUCGCCGCCGCGACCUCUUCGAAAACCGUUUCGUUGUUGGACUCGGCGUCCAAUGGACUCCCGGCGGAAGAGAAUUGCCAGAUCCUCCGGCGGAUACUUUGCAGCUUUGUGUCGGUAGCCGGUGCCUCAUCUUUCGACUCCGUGUACCGUUGAUCCUCCGGAAGUUCCUCCUAAACCCUAACCACACCUUUGUUGGAUUUUGGAACUCUUUGGAUAGGAAUAAGCUCGAGUCUUCAGAGCACAGGUUGCGUAUGUACGAGGAUCCUAUUGAUCUGAGGAGGCACGUAGGUGAGGACCUAAGACAGGCUUCCGUGAGGGACAUUGUGGAAGACGUUCUCGGCUAUGAAGUGGAGCGGGGAACGGAGAUAAGCAGGAGCAAUUGGGGCAAAGUGAUUCUUAGCCACAAGCAGGUAAGGUAUGCAACCGUGGAUGCUUACUGUGCGUUCCUCAUCGGGAAGCUUAUAAGAGCUUGA